CUCGCGUCAUUAAUAGUUUUGUAACACGUGUUAAUACUUAUGAUGUUUUUGAUAAAGUUGUUAUGAGCUUUAAAGCUAUAUUUUAAAGCGAUAAACGUGUUACUUAAUGGGCGUGUUUUCAAGAUCAUGUGAUUCCUACACACUGAUAUCGGUACACAUGUAAACUUCACUCGGAUGUUCUUCCAUAGGAAGUAGAACACAACGCGCGUGAGCAGCGAAAAGUGGCGUUAUCGCACAAACAGACAGACGUGGGUUUAUAAACAAGAGCAAUGUCGCGACAGUAUUUUCACGAUGUACCGGAUGGAGAUACCAUUCUCUAUGACGUCAUCGAUGAUAAGCCGGAAGUCCCCUACCGGCUAGCUGUCUUCAGACUUGAGACAUACGAGGAAAAGAUGAAACUCAUGAACAGUUUACCUGAAUACAAUUGUCGAGAAAAAGAUAUGUUUCUGUUUUCGUAUCCCAAAACAGGCACGAACUGGCUGUGGGAAAUCAUAACAAUGAUAACGACGGGAUCACCGGAAGUCUCUGGAAGCGAUAAAGGCUUCAGUAUGCUCGAGGCGACGCCGGCUUCCAUGACAGACCAGCUUCCGAACCCCCGAAUCCUCAACUCUCAUCUUCUUCCGAAAUACCUGCCGAAAGCCGUUUUCACAGGCAACCACAAGUGUGUGUUCGUUGCCAGAAACCCGAAAGACGCCGUCGUAUCCUUCUACAAUCACACUAAGGGCCUCAAGAUUUAUGAAUACACCGGGAAGUUUGAGAACUAUCUGCAGAUGUUCAUGCGCGGAGAAGUGGACUACGGUGGAUAUCCGGAAUACCUUCGUCACUGGCAGCGUUUUAUGACGGAGCACCCGGACGUUCCAAUGCACGUGAUGUAUUACGAGGACAUAAAAGAGAAUUUCGUGGAAGAGGUACGCAAACUGAGCGCGUUCAUUGGAUAUAACUUGGAUGAGCUGAGACUUCAGCAAAUCCGGGAGCGAUGCGAGAUGAACAACAUGAAGGAAGGAAAGCUGGCGAAGAUGGGCCCGGAAGUACUUGAAGUAUUUAAAGAACUCCUGCGCGACGGUUUCAUGAUGUUACGUAAAGGGCAGGUAGGAGACUGGAAGAACUGGUUCACGGUGGCCCAGAGCGAGCAGUUUGACGCCUGGUGGGCAGAGCAAACCAAGGACAUCACGAGGUUCUCCUUUCGGCAUAGGCAGACAAAUGACCAUGGGAACGGUAUGUACAACGCACUGACAUAUGUCAUCCAGUGUGGUCAGUUUCCGACAAGUGUGAGCCAGAAAACUGGAUCUACCCAAAUGUAUCAAUCUCUACGCAGAAUUGUUCUUGGCUCUCACAUACACCUCUGCAACAGGCUCAGCAACUUUUAGAACAAGAACCUUGUUCAAACCGAACAAACAUUUUCAAAGUAUAUUUGAUUGGAAAUUUAGGAUAGAAAAUAUUGAACAAUGAAAUACCACCACCAAUCAUUGUAGGGAACCUUUGACCCCUUCAUUUGUGUUCAAUCAUUAUCUGAUCUACAUUUAACAGGAAAUUCCCCUCUUUAUUUAUUAUGUCGUACUUGUACUGAACAGGUUUGAUACUACCAAUGUAUAUUUAUAAUCAGAGUUGUUCACAUACUGAUACCUUAAAACAAUUUCUUAUCUUCUUAUAAGAUUCAUGUUAUUAUAUUGAUGUUAAGUGUAUUGAUAUUAUUUUUUUAUUCAAACAAAAUUGACAUUAUAAAAAAAAAUCAGAACAUGUCCCUUAAAAUGGUGUCAUAUUUCUGGAAAUAUUAACAGAGGAAAACAAAACCAUGCUAUAUUGUUAGAUUGUAAUACCAGUAUUCAACACAUGUGUUUAGGCCUAAUCAUUUAAUUAGGAUAAUUCUAAUAAUUGAAAAUACACGAACAAUGCAAAAUCAUAAAAAACUGAACUUAAGCUGUAAUCUGUUGCAGAUUCACAGAUGUGUGUUAAUGAUGUUGUUGUGUUGUGUAAGAUAGAUCCUGUGAACAAUUAUCUUAAGGGAAGUUUGUAAAUAAUACCACAGAUAAAAUAUUUUGAAAGAUAA